GUCCGCAGCGUUGGGACAGCGAUGUGGCGGUCCUCCUUCCUGCUCCCCUUCCUCGUUCUGCUCCUCCUCCUCCGAAUAGCGUCGGUUGGCAGUUCGCCCUCCUAUCUCUCAGUCUGUGAUGUCGCCAAUCUCUCUCCGUGCCGAAGCUUCAUCAUGGGGGUGGCUUCAAAGCCUUCUGCUUCGUGCUGCAGUCGCCUCGUGGUCGCCAUCAUGAGAUCCCCCUACCCGAAGUGCUUAUGUUCGGUCCUUCGAGGUGGCAACUCCUCCGUCGCAGUAAACGAAGCCCAAGCCCUGGCCCUUGCCGGUGCGUGCGAACUCUGGCCCCACCCCCUCCGCCGAUGCUUUGAUGGCUCUGCGACGACCGAUUCACCAACAAAAUAUCCCAAAGUGAUUUCUGCCAAUUCCACCCGUGCACUCGAGAGUUAUUGUCCUGAUUGUCGGGAUGGCUCUAUUGAUGAUCCGAGCUCACUAAUACCCAUUCCACCUCCGUGAGAACUUGCACCGAACCCAUAGAUACCAUUUGGUGCAUAUUGAUAGUGGGAUCCUUUCAUGAUGCCAGAGUAUGGAGAUGAAGUUGUCUUUGCACUUGACAUCACGUUUGUUGUAAUAAAUAUUUUGGCUUAAACGUUUUUCUCUACUCCCAUGCGCAACAUCAUCCAAAUGGAUCAUAUUUCCCUUGCAAGGCUGUUACUUGGUGUUUCAUAUUCGCUAUAUACUAAAACA